CCGUCGAAAUCAAACCGCAAGGUGAACGGAGGUAGAUGGUCCAAUCGGGUUUUUGGAAGAUUCCUCUGAUAUAUGUCGUGGUGCAAUCUUCCGAGAAUGCUGCCUCGUUUGAGAACCCCGGCCUCCUUUUAUGUAAACCUUUCACUUGCGAUGGUGGCUCUGUCGGUUCUUCGCUUGCUUCCAAAUUGCCUCCGUUUACAGCGGUGCCGUCCAACAGACCUCCCAGUUCGUGUCAGGCAAUCGCUGAGAGCAGCUCACAAUAGUGCAUUUUCAUCUUGCUUCAAUUGUUCACACCGUGAGCAAAUUGGUAUGUGAUGCCUUGUUUAUAUUUGUGACACUCAUACAUGCUCACUACGCAUCAAGGACGCAUGGCAUUACAACCUUCUUUCUUGACAUAGUAAGGGAGCCACGAGCAAGCCACGAAUGAGCGCAACAUCAUCAGGGUUAAUAGUUUUUCCUGGAAUGAAUAUAGGGCGCAGCAGGAAGCCCGCGAAUAUCCAACACAGGCAUCGAACUCAUGGUGCUUGUAAAGCCUUUGCGGUCAUUUAAGGUUGAUUACGAUGCGUACCCGUCGCAGAUACGCUCAAUUAUACUAUGCUUGACUUCUG